CUACUUAAUUCACUCUCUCAAAAAAUGAGUAAAUUAGCUUCAAUUGGAUCAAUUGUCGGCUCUUUACUAAAUAUAUUAAUUCGUUUAUUAUUUUCAUCACUUUCUUAUUUGACUCUUUGGAUUUCUUUGGGGUUUUCUGUUUGUUUGGUUGGAAAAUAUACUUUUAAAAUUAUUCAAUCAAAAAGAGAAGUGAUCGAGCUACUUUAUUGGCGUGACGUAAAAAUUAGCGGUGCUGUGCUUGGUUUCUUAUUGGGAAUUCUUUAUGCUCUUCACAGAUUUACUUUCCAUAUGCUUAUUGUAAUGGUAGCGCUGGGAGGAUUGCUUUGUACAAUUAUUUUCCGUAUUGGAAAACAAUUGGAAGGUCAAUUAAGAAAGAAGAAUGACGCUUUAGUUAACCCAUUUCAAUAUUAUUUGGAUUUGGAAGUAACUAUUCCCCAAGAAAAACUUCAUUCCCAAAUGGAUAUUUUUGUGGAUAAUUUUGUCAUUCUCUUUAAAAAAUUACGACACAUUUACUUAGUCGAAAAUAUCGUCGAUUCUGUUAAAUUUGCUUUAUUACUUUAUUCUCUUUAUUAUGCCGCUAGUUGGUUCUCUGGUAUUGGUUUGCUUUUGGUAUUUAUUUUGGCAUUGUUUUCUGUGCCAAAGACUUAUGAACUUUACAAGGAGCCUAUUGACCAGUAUAUUAAACUUGCAAAGGACCAAAUUGACCAUUUUAGCAAAAUCGCCCAAGAAAAGUUGCCAUUUUUGAAGUUGGAAAUUUCUGAGAAAAAAGAAGAAUAA